AUGGAUCAAAUGGAUGUUUGUUUUACAGAGAAGAUCAAGGACUGGAGCAACGUAGUUGUUGCCUAUGAACCAGUUUGGGCUAUUGGAACUGGUAAAGUUGCCACCCCAGCUCAGGCUCAGGAAGUGCACGCCUCCCUGAGGGAUUGGCUAAAGACCAACGUCAGCCCUGAGGUUGCUGAAUCUACUAGGAUCAUCUACGGAGGCUCUGUAACUACCGCGAACUACAAAGAGCUAGCAGCACAGCCUGAUGUCGAUGGUUUUCUUGUCGGUGGAGCUUCUUUGAAGACUACUUAAAUGUUCAUAACAUGG